CAGCAGCCGUCUCUCAUACGCACGCGAUGAAGUUCAGACGACGCUGUUUUUAUUGAACAAAAUAUGAGAAAAAUUGUCCAAGAGAGCAGACUCAAAACUUGUUGGACCGAAGAAUUCCCUCUUGUGUGCACGAGAGGCUGAUAGUGCAUAUUAACAGAACAGAAGGGUAGUUAACCCGCAGUUCUGUGAUGUCCAUGUACAAUGUGACGCUGUUGGGCUGGGAUGAUGGGACGUUCUUUCCUCUUCACAUCACCGCUAUCGUCUGCAUAUCAUGCAGCUUCAUCGCGUCCAUCGUCGUGACUGUGUUGUCAUUCAAAACUCACAAAAAGAGAUUCUACACUUGGUCCCGAAGUGAGCGGUUCGUGAUCUACUUGGCCAUUUGCGAAAUGAGUUUCAACUUUGUCCAUAUGUUUGACCACGUGACCAUGGUGAUUGAGAAAGACCAUGUCCACCCAUUAGAGCUGUGCCAGUUCUACGCCUUUCUAAUGGUGCUUCUGGUGACCACCAAGAACUUGAUUUUAGUUGUGGUAGCUUUAAAUGCGUUUUUGUUGAUUCGCUUCCAAUGUCAGAUGGAUUUCGGUAUCAGGGACUGGCGGCUGUGUGUAUAUGUGAUGGCGUUCCCUAUAAUUGUGUGUACCGUGGCUGUAUCUCUGCAACAGUUUGGUCCGGCCGGUGCCUUCUGUAUUGUGAAGCCAGGGUUGGCUACGCUCCUUAUGACGAUCGUACCUUUUAUCCUCAUUCUAUUGGUCAACACUACUCUCUACUUGCUCACGUGGUUUCACAUCAGAAGAGAUGCUCAUCAAAUCCGAAGUGUUAUUGGUGAGCAGGCGCAGUCUGGAACAGCAUACGUCAAGGCAGCAAAAACCAUGACGAUGUUUGUCGCCGUGUUCACGGUCCAAUGGUGGGCCGUCACGGUCUAUGGAAUUUGGCAAAUCAUCACGAAUGACGUGCCGUCUAUUGUCUACAUAUUUGUUGUUGUGUUUACCAACAUUGGUGGGUGUCUGAACCUUAUCGUGUUUAUAAAUAUCCAGAAGAAACGGCGACGAAUCCUGGCGCUAGGGACCAAUGCAAACGUCCAAACGUCUCGUCCCAAUGAUAUGAUCCUUUCUAGAGUUAAAAACCCUCUCUCUUCGGACAAAGAUAAAGUACAGACAACAACAGCAACAGAAACACAAAAUGUUGACCAAUCAUCAGCGUAAUCUGAUGCUUGGUAUUGGCAGAAACUUGUUCAAUCAUAUAUCUGCAGCAGUGAUAUAACUUAGUCGUGACAAAUAAAACAAGAGGCUAACACACCUUGACAGUACCAUUACCCUUAGAUUGACAGAUCAAAGUCUAAUUUUUGCAUUUUAAGCUUCAUAUUGAAGUCUUAACCCUCCCCUGACUGUUACCCUACUUUUAUUAUUUGAUGUUUGAAAAAAGUUAAUUCAUGAAAAUGAGGGGGGGGGGGGGGUGUUACAAGAGUCAGAGGAAUCUUGGAUUAUCUAUGCCUAAAAAUAUCAAAAACAGUGACGAAUCCUGGCACUAGGCAAAAAAUUAUAAACUUUUGGUAAAAGCAUAAGAGACCUACAGUUAACCAUGUUGUUUUUAAGGUGGAGUUAAAAAAAUUUUGGAUGACAAACAGCAAUUACCCUAAGUAGAAAUACAUGUUCAUUAUAUGGUUAUAUCAACACCCCCACCCCAAAACCCGAUAAAAAGCCUCAAUUUUUGCCCAAUGGCAUGGACAGCGAAUUUCGCAAUUUAACAUCAGGACAUUAUGAACAUAAUAACAGUGCAUGAUCUUAUCUCCUACAAACGUGAUAGAACACAUAAAAUAUUACUAGUAAGUCAUUUUUUCACUAUGUGGCCAUAUUGGCCUCGCCCUGACAGGGACCAUGAAUUUCACAAUUUAGGUAGAGGGCUUCAUGGACAUUAUAACCAUACAUUUAGCUUUUCUAAAAUAUGUAGGGGAGAAGAAAAGAAGAUGUUUUUCAUAGAUUUAAUAUAUUUUAAUUAUAUCGUUAUUUUGGCCCUGCCCUAGGGUCUGAAACCCUGCCCCAGGGUCCUUAGAUUUCACAAUUUAGGUAGAGGGCUGUAUGGAAAUUAAAGUCAUGCAUUUAGUUUUUUCCCACAUGUAUGGGCGUAGAGAAGACGAUUUUUGAAAAAUUUGCUUUUUUGCAUAUUUGGUCACGCCUAUAACGCCACGGGGGUGGUAGAGCCAUGAAUUUCACAAUUUCGAUUUCUCUUACCUUAGCGAUGCUUCACACCAAAAAUUGUUAACGGACGAUGACCAAUUACAAUAGGUGACUUAGGUGACCUAAAACGUAUUUGUACUGUUUUUGUUAAACAUUAUGUCUGACUGUACGUAAAUUGCAUUGUUCGAUACAGGAAUGUAUCACAAAGUGAUUGAUAUUGGUAGUAGCUUAUACUGUAUCUCGAUCAGCAGCUUUAGGGUAAACUUUAUUGCUUUAUAUACAAUAUUAAUUAAGUGUCUAACAGUGGCACAAUAAAAUCUUCGUUAGACAAAGUCAUGUACAAUUAAUAGUCUGAUAGUGUACAGGUACAACUAAUUGUCUAAUAGU